UGUCCCAAACCUAAACCUCUCAAACUCAAAACCCCAUCACCACCAUACUGCAAGGAGAUAUAUAGAAGGGUUAGCUGAUCGAGGACGAAGAAAUGUUGAGGUCCAUUGCAAAACGAGCUACGCUCUUCAACCUCCGAUCUGAUGCAUCUGUAAUCCCUCCGCUGGUCUCACCCCAAUCGAAACUCUAUUCUUCGAAGAACGCAAAGGCCUCCCACGGGAAAUCCAAGAAAGGCGACGCCAAGUCAAAGCCCAAGUCCAAGAAAGCCGGUUCCUCAUCCGCCGUUGCUUCCUCCACUGGCGAUGAUUUCGAACAUGCCGGCGACGACGACUUCGAGGCCCCUCGUGCCCGCCGCCUGAUCGAGGACGAAAAUGACCCUUCUCUUGAUGUGGGUCCCAAUGGACGUCCCUUAUUCACUUCGACUCCCUCGCUCUCCCUGCUGACUCGGAAAGACUGUUGCUCGUAUAUGAAGUUCAGUGAGAAGGGAUUGAAGGAAGUGCUGCCGGAGGGAUUGCCGACGGGAAUGGAGAUGGAAUUCAAGGAGUCGAUGAGGCCGGCGCUGCUUGUUCGACAAAGUUUCUUGGAUCUUCGUGAUAAUUUUAGACGCAUUGUAGAUCCUCCAAUGUGGCCUUCUCAUGCUAAAGCUCCUAAAACGAGAAAGCAAGUAGUAUUGGAUGGUCCAGUUAGCUGUGGGAAGAGUAUUGCGUUAGCAAUGCUUGUGCAUUGGGCUCGUGACGAGGGUUGGCUUGUGCUCUAUGCCCCUAGAGGUCGUGAGUGGACGCAUGGAGGAUUUUUCUAUAAAAACCUUGAAACAGGCUUGUGGGAUACACCUUUACACGCUGAAAAUGUUCUUAAGGAUUUUCUGAAAUACAAUGAACCACGCUUACAAUCAUUGCGGUGCCAAAUUUUUGAUCCUAUUCGAUUGGGAGAAGGUGCCGGUGUUGGAUGGAUGAAGGGAGUUGAAUCCAUGGCCCUCCCUGAAGGCGCAACACUGUAUGACCUGAUUCAAAUGGGAAUCAAGUACACACAUGCAGCUGUUGGAGUUGUAGUUCGGUUGAGAAAAGAAUUAUCACUCGUUAAAGAUGUCCCUGUGCUUAUUGCAAUUGACCAGUAUAAUAAUUGGUUUACCUUCAGUGAGUAUGAGGAGCCAGUGACUGUUCGUUCUCGUCGACCAAUACAUGCUAGAGAACUUGCAAUGGUGAAUGCCUUUAGGUCCAUGAUGCAUGAUGAUAUGAUGGUUGGUGCUUUCUCUCAUUCAACCGCUGUGGGAAAACUUCGUCUAGAUUUGCCAAACGUACCUGUAGAUGCCCGUGUUGCUAUGCCUCGUUAUAGUCACGAUGAGGCAGAAACUGUUUGCCAUUACUACCUCAGGCAAAGGCUUAUACGAAGGGAAGCAUUCUCAGAGGAAAGCUGGAAAAAGGUGUACUACUUAGCCAAUGGAAACGGGGCAGAAAUGAGGUGGCUACUUCCUUUGAUGCGGUAAAUCAAGUUUUUAAGGCAUGCAUUGGCCCCUUUUUCUAAUAUCUGGUGAGGUAUUUGGCUGAAGCCAUGUCUUAUACUCCCAGAUAAUGUAGCCGACUUUCUCAAGUCAUUAGUGCUCCAUGUUUAAGAAAUUAUUGGUUGGAUUUCUAUCCUAAUGAUAUUUUUUUCCCAACAAA